AUUGAAAAAUACAAGGGCCACAUAUCAAAAAUUAGUUUAGGUCAUCUUUAAACUCUAGAUCGACAGAAAUAUCGAAGUUUGUGUUGAUAACAUGAUUGUCACCGAUGUACGAGCUGAAGAUCAUAUUGAUGACCUCAACGAAACAUUUCAGAACCUGCACCGAGCACAGAUGAAGUUAAACCCCUUAAAAUGUGCGUUUGCUGUGGAAUCAGGAAAAUUUCUAGGUUAUGUAGUAUCCAAGAAAGGAAUUGAGGUGAAUCCAGAUAAAGUUCAAGUCAUGCAGCAAAUGGAACCUCUUAAAAUAGUAAAAGAUGUGCAACGCCUAACAGGUCACCUUGUUGCUUUGCAUAGAUUUGUUGCCAGGGGUCAAGCCUUGGUAGAUUUCCUAAUGGAAUGCCAUCUGGUGGCUAACAAAGGAAUUACAGCUUUACACCCCAUAUGGGUGUUGUACAUAGAUGGAGUUGCAAGUGUCGAGGGAUUAGAGGCAAGAGCUGUUCUAAUAGGAAUACCUCCUUUGAUACAGGAGAAAUGCUAUCGUUUCUCACAUCGCCUUAGCCUUUUGCACAAUGGGAAGUCGAUCUGCUCGGUCCUUUUGUUGAAAGCAAAGGAGUUAAAAGGACAAGUAGAAUUGGCUAAUAAAAUCGUAUUGCAUGGCCUUAAGACACGUGUCCUAGCUACACACUCUAAUUGGGUUGAUGAGCUCAACAAAGUGCUAUGGUCAUGCUGUACCAUACCUAGUUCAGCCACAAGAGAGACCCUAUUCUCUCUUGCAUAUGAAGUUGAGGUCGUAAUCCCUGUGGAAAUCAACUUGAUGCCUAACGGGUCUACUCGAUGUAAUAAUUCUGAUAACAAGCUACUUAUAAGAGAAAACUUAGACCCUGUGGAAAAGGUCGGUGACCUAGUUUUACGCAAGGUCGGGCUCACAAAUUCCUAUUCGCACAUGGGCGAGCUCGCUCCUAACUGGGAGGGCCCUUACAUGAUGCGUCAGGGCGAGCCGAAGAACAAUGAGUUGGCAUGUUUGCAAGCUAAGAAAUCGGAGAAGUGUUGGAGGGUUCAACUUUUGCCUCAGGCGUCCCGACCACCCAUGCAUCAAAGCUUGGCAAAACCCUCUAGAUCUCCUCCUUCUUCUAGAGUAGAUGGAGGCCAUAUGGGUAGCCCAUCUUCAUUUAGCUCCCACUUUAGCUACACUGUCAUGUUAACGGGAGGAACGAGAUUUUUGCCUUGUUCAUCCGUUUCGUCUCCCUCAAAAAAGGCUAGCUCGCCAAUGGGAAAGUCAGGUCGACGCUGGUAUGCGAUCCUUGGACUCGAGGCAAACGCAGGCGCAGCCAUUGUCUCGGCAACAUCAUGUGCUGGGGCAGAAGGCACGUUAGACAAGACCUCGACACUGAGCUGGAACCUCACUCUCGAUGGGACAAGCUACGAGAUGGCACCACAGGUCAUUCGUCAAAGCAUGUCUGCCUAUGCAAACUUGGUUCUAAACAACGACCUCAUGAACGUUGAGCCUGUUUAUGUUGUCUCUCCAAAACGCUGCUCAUUUCUCCUGCACAAACAAAUGCAAUAAGCCUCAGAUUGGCUAGCAAUCACAAUUUACAAUAGAAAUAUACCUUCGACAUAUAGGUUUGCGGCAUCCACAAACCCAAACAUCGUGAGCUGCUCAAGAGUAACCAAGGCUUCUAGGUUUACCAAUCCUUUUGCCUUCACAUAAUCUAGUAACUUGUUCUUCAAAGCCACAUUGUCUAGCAACAACAUAGGGUAGUUCAUGUAAGUUCUUCAAAGCCACUUAGAGAUGCGAGCAACCAGUUUGCUAUUAACUCUCUCUGUUUGUGUAUCACGAACAAAAAUGAAUUGCCUCU